GAUAUUGUGGACGUUAGCGGCGUAAAGAAGGAGUCCACAAUGCAGGACUACGAAGACCUGGUGGUGUCUUUCCUGGGGACUUGGGGUCCUUACCAGAGGCGAGUGUUCUUCCUGCUGUGUUUCGCCGUCUUCCCCACGGGGUACAACCUGCUGUGCCCCCUCUUUCUGCUGGCCACGCCCCCGCACACCUGCCGGAUCCCCGCCAACGUGAGCCAGAGCUGGAUCCAGGCUAGCAUCCCAGUCCAGCUGGUGGAAGGACGCUGGGAGCAAAGCGCUUGUCGACGCUUUGAGCCGGACUUCAUCCAGAACCAGAGCACACCGGUACCAGGACCAGAGGUCCUGCUGUCGGAGCUGAAGCAGGAAGUUUGUAAGGACGGUUGGACCUUCAGCAAAGAGCACUACCAGUCCACUGUGGUCACUGAGUUUAGUCUGGUGUGUGAGGACCAAUGGAAAGCACCUUUUACCUCUGUCGUCUACUUCCUGGGUGGACUGUUCGGAUGCUUCAUCUCGGGUCAGAUCUCUGACAGGCUGGGCAGGAAGCCGGUUCUGUUGGGUUCCAUCGCGUUGCUGAGCAUCUUCAGCGGCGCUUUGGCACUGGCGCCUUCCUGGGAGGUCUUCACCGUCCUCUUCUUCAUGCUGGGGAUGGGACAAAUCAGCUGCUACGUGGUGGCCUUCGUGCUCGGCUCCGAGAUCCUGAUGGGUCCAACAAGAGUUCUAUUCUGCAGUCUGUCUCUGCCUUUCUUUUACGUGUUGGGAAUGUUGCUGCUGUCCGGCACCGCCUACCUGCUCCCAACCUGGCGUAUCCUGGCGCCGAUCCUGGGCCUGCCUGGUCUGGCCUGUGUUCCGCUCUGGUGGUUCCUGCCUGAGUCUCCUCGCUGGCUGGUGUCUUGUGGACGUCUGAGAGAAGCUGAAGUUCUGUUAAAGUCCGCGGCACUGGAAAACCACGUGGAAGUGCCACAAGUCAUUUUCGACCCCCCCGAGGUGAGUACGCCUUGCGGUCCUGGUCCAAACCACCUAAAGUCUCUGCAGGUGGAGACCCCGGCGAGCCACAAGUCUGUGGGUUUUCUGGACCUGUUGAAGACUCGGAACGUUCGCUACGUCACACUCAUCUUGUGGCUGGUCUGGUUCUCCCUCAAUGUCAGCUACUUUGGCGUGUCCUUCAACAUGUCCAGCCUCUACGGAAACCCGUUCCUCAACUACUUCCUGGUGUCGGUCGUGGAGCUGCCGGCGUACACGGCGAGCUGGCUGGCGGUGCGUCGUCUUCAUCGCCGCCUGUCUAUCAUCAGCUUCUCCCUGCUGGGGGCACUGGCGCUGCUGCUGAUCCAGAUCACCGUCAACAUUCCUCUUUCCGCAGGCGAUCCAAAUGUGACCUUGUUCUUGGUUCUGGUGGGUAAAUUUGGCGUCCUGGCUGGCCUCAGCGUCUUGUACACUUUCAGUGGCGAGCUGUACCCCACAGUGAUCCGGAACACGGCCGUGGCCUCCUGCGCCACCUUCUCCAGGAUGGGUUCCUCAGUGUCGCCUUACUUGCUGCAGCUGGCCGUGUUCAAUCAGUACCUGCCGUGGAUCAUCGUGGGUUGUCUGAUGGUGCUCAGUGUUCUCCUGUGCGUCCUCCUGCCCGAGACCUUCAGAAGGCCGCUUCCAGACACCAUAGAGCAGAUGGCCACCACGCAGGGGUCUCCUCUUCUCAGGUGUACCUGUGGUGCAAAGCAUGAUGGGAAAGAAGUUGAGGAUCAAACAUCAGUACCAGAGAUCAUCUAUACGAGUCACUUUUAACCCAGCUCGAGGACUACAUUCUGUCAAGGCUGGACGGCACCGUCUCAUGUUGUCCACUAGAUGGCGACAAGGCGCCACCAAAGCCUCAAGGCUGCUCUUCAUGUAAUUUUUUUUAAAUUAUUGAACAGAGAUGUUUAUUGGAAAAUCUAGACCAGUGGUUCUUAACCUUGUUGGAGGUAUCGAACCCCACCAGUUUCAUAUGCGCAUUCACCGAACCCUUCUUUAGUGAAAAAUAAAAUGUUUAUUUUUUUUCAAAUUCAAGACAAAGUUAUAUGUUUUUGGUAACACUUUAGUGUGGGGAACAUAUUCUAAGUAACAAAGACUUAAUCUAGAGUUAUCUGGACACUAGGGGAACAUAUUCUAACUAAUAAAGGCUUAAUUUAGAGUUAUUUGGUUAAGGUUAGAGGGUCAGGGUUAGAGGGUUAGGGUUAUAAUAAGGCCAUGCCGAAUAAGGCAUUAAUAAGUACUUAAUAAUGACUAGUUAAGAGCCAUGUUACUAAUUUGCAUGCCAAUAAGCAACUAAUUAAUGGUGAAUAUGUUCCCCAUACUAAUUGUUGCUAAGCAGCCAGUUGACAACAGCUCUUUAGCUCUGGCGGCACUUGUGUCUUGUUUAGUAGUGGUGUGAUCAGAAACUCCCGUGGGUGCUUUGGGACCCGAGCACCCACGGACAAUGCCGAGCACCCACGUGGGAUUGAUGGCAACUUUCAAUCUUAAUUUUUUUUUGACAAAUCAAUCUUGCUGUAGUUAAUUUUGUGGCGAGUUUGGUCCGUUUUAAGAAAUAAUAAAGCCACAAAUCAUAUGGGAUAUUAA